UUUGCAGGUUGUACCACUAUUCUACAUGCAAGGAAGUCUUUGUGGAAAGCGCUCCUGUGAAACACAUUAGUAUCAGAUCAGCCACAUCAAUAUUCUAGCAACUAUAGAAAAUUAUAAGAAGUGCUGUGUUCUUCUACUUUCACUAUGGUUCUUCAUCACAUCUCAUAUACUCACCCUCGAAAACACCCUUUUGGUUGAUCCAUUGCCUCUUCAAAUCAGCAUGACGAACGCAACACAAGACUAUGGCGACCUCAGAGUCACUAUGACCUCAGCCCUCGACUGGAUCUGGAACGACCUGGACAGUGGAGCCACGACGGACUUUGAAGCCUACCAUCCGAGAUCUCAGGGAAACUUGCGUCCUCUAGGAUCUGUUGGUUUUUCUUCUUAUGGUGACAGGAAUGGCAAGUUUGCUGUUAUCCUUGUUGGAAACAACCCGAGUUCUACAGGUAAACCGGCAGUCGCUAGUCCCACUGGGUACGAUCAAAUCUGGCGUGACGAGGAGAGCGGGGGCGAGUAUGAUGGGUCUUUCUGGAGACCCAGAGCACCGAGUGGGUACGUCGCACUUGGAGAUGUAUGUCAAAGAUAUUGGAAUACCCCUAGCACGGACAUAAUUUGGUGUGUUCGUUCUGAUUUGGUUCAAGACUCGAACUACUUCAGAUCAAAAGUUUGGGAUGAUCAUAUGUCAGGAGCUACGUUGGAUUGUUCUGUGUGGGACAUUGGACUCCCUUCUCUUGGUGUAAACGGGAGCGCAAAUAUCCCGAUCUCGACAAAUACUUUCCGGGCCAAUAAUAACUGGUCUGAACCCAACAAUAGCCUCGCACAGGUUCUCGUCCUGCCAAACCCAAAAAAGUUUGUCGAGUUCACUACUCCUCCACCGAAGUUCACAAAAAAUAAUCUCCCCAAGGGUGGCGAUAUAUUCAACUGCACUGAUCAAUGUCAAGUCACGCUCCCUUUCACUGUCUACUUCCCUCCCACGGACGCUGCGAGCCUUAGAGCAAUCAGUAACCCAUUCUGCACUCUCAGCAGGAGAAUCGCUUGGUAUGUUCACACGGUGCACAUCAAUGAUGGCGGAGGUACGAUUUCCGACUCCACCACAGUGACAAAAGGUGUCAGUAAUACGCUCUCGAAGGAGAUGACACAAUCCGCAGGAGUCUCGAUCUCUGCUUCAUACGGUAUCAUGGGGUUUGGCAUGGAUGUUAGUCUAAAUUAUCAGUUUACCUCGACCAUUUCCUCUAGUUUCACCGAGUAUGAGGAGACUUCGCGUACACAGGAAUAUACUGUUCCACCAUAUGAAGCUUCCAUUUUCCUCAGCAAACGGAUUUGGAUUCAGGCCAGCCGCGCAGAUGGAUCUAUCGUUCUCAGAGAAAUCAACUUCAAUGCUAACGAAGAUAUCCAUCUUAUCGGAGUCCCUCUUAAGUAGAAGAUGAUGUGGCUGUUGAUUGAUGGGAAUAGCAAGAUUGUGUUUUUGUUGGUAUUCAGUAUGAAGUUAGGACCUUAGGCUCAGUUACCUCCGAUGGGAAUAUGUUGGCCUGUAGGAUUCAAUAAUGGUUUGAAGGAUUCGAGGUCUUUAUCUUUCAGCUCUCCGUUUCCUAUCCAGCUCGGUUUUACUCUCAGCUCAUUUUCAAGCUUUCUAUC